GAUAUUUGGCAGCACUUCCGCACAGAAGUGGUGGACACGACUACUGGCGAGCAGAUAAUGAGGUGCUGUCACUGUCACCGAGUGAUGGGUCCGUCCACUGCCAAGAAUGCAACCAAAUUAAGACAACACCUGACGGACAGCUGUUCAGCAGUUCCCGAAUCUCUCAAACACGGCUUCGACUCCGGUUCGGGCGCCGCAACUGAUGGUCACAAACCGUCCCAAACUUCUUUUUACAAAGUGAUGGUAUCGGAGAGCAAACGACCGAAACGUUUGGCUGCGCUUAACAACAAGAAUAUACGACACGUUAUGAGCGAUGACAUCGACGAGGAUGUGGUCGAAGACUCAAUGGAUCCCAAAAUGAAGGCAUUGAUGGGUGAAAAUCGGCGCUUAAGCGCACGACUCCGUCACUGCCUUAAGAAAAACGAAGCCCUCAUUAAUAUUAACCGAUAUCUGGAGGAAAGCCUUCGGCUGAUGGAGAGAAUAGAGGCCAUCAAUAAGAGGCACUCCAUUCGCUUCGACGACAGCGAAGAAGAAGUGGCAGAACUGACAGAUAAUUUGAUGGUCAGUAAUGAAUCGGCCCAACAGUGGCGACAAAUGUUACAAUCAUUUGAC